CGCGGCCAGCGAGGGGCCUGGCGCCAUGUUGGGGCCGAGGGGAACUAGGGGAAGCGCUUGAAGCCGCAGGGCGCACAGCGGGAGCGGGAGUGGGGUCAAGACCAGGGCUGCUAGGAGCCCUUCUCUUCCCGCCUCAUUGGAUCAUGACCCGGUCGGGGUGGUGGGGGACGUGCCCUGGCGGGGCGGGCGCUGAAAGAUAAUGCCGUUUCCGGUGACAGCCCAGGGAACACAGCAGCCAGCGAAGCGCUACGGCAUCUCCUCGCCGAUCAGCUUAGCGGUCCCCAAGGAGACGGACUGCCUCCUCACCCAGAGGCUAAUAGAAACCCUCAGGCCCUUCGGGGUCUUCGAAGAGGAAGAGGAACUGCAGCGCAGGAUUUUAGUUUUGGAAAAAUUAAAUAAUCUGGUAAAGGAAUGGAUACGCGAAAUCAGUGAAAGCAAGAGUCUUCCGCAAUCUAUACUUGAAAACGUUGGAGGAAAGAUUUUUACAUUUGGCUCUUACAGAUUAGGAGUGCAUACGAAAGGCGCAGAUAUUGAUGCCUUGUGCAUUGCACCAAGGCAUGUGGAUCGAAGUGACUUUUUCACCUCCUUCUAUGCUAAGCUGAAACUACAGGAGGAAGUAAAAGAUUUAAGGGCCGUCGAGGAGGCAUUUGUGCCAGUUAUCAAACUGUGUUUUGAUGGGAUAGAGAUUGAUAUUUUGUUUGCAAGAUUAGCACUACAGACUAUUCCAGAAGACUUGGACCUAAGAGAUGACAGUCUACUUAAAAAUUUAGACAUUAGAUGCAUAAGAAGCCUCAACGGUUGCCGGGUAACUGAUGAAAUUUUACAUCUAGUGCCAAACAUUGACAACUUCAGGUUGACUCUGAGAGCCAUCAAAUUGUGGGCCAAAUGCCACAAUAUCUAUUCCAAUAUACUAGGUUUCCUCGGAGGUGUUUCCUGGGCCAUGCUAGUAGCAAGAACUUGUCAGCUUUAUCCAAAUGCAGUAGCGUCAACUCUUGUACGGAAAUUCUUCCUGGUAUUUUCUGAAUGGGAAUGGCCAAAUCCAGUGUUACUGAAAGAGCCCGAAGAACGGAAUCUUAAUUUGCCUGUAUGGGACCCAAGAGUAAAUCCCAGUGAUAGGUACCAUCUUAUGCCUAUCAUCACACCAGCAUACCCACAGCAGAACUCCACAUACAACGUGUCUGUUUCAACCAGGAUGGUCAUGAUUGAGGAGUUUAAACAGGGACUUGCUAUCACACACGAAAUUUUGCUGAGCAAGGCAGAGUGGUCCAAACUCUUUGAAGCUCCAAGCUUCUUUCAAAAGUACAAGCAUUAUAUUGUACUUCUGGCAAGUGCACCAACAGAAAAACAACAUUUAGAAUGGGUGGGCUUGGUGGAAUCAAAGAUCCGGAUCCUGGUUGGGAGCUUGGAGAAGAAUGAAUUUAUUACACUGGCACAUGUGAAUCCACAGUCAUUUCCAGCACCCAAAGAAAAUCCUGAUAAGGAAGAAUUUCGUACAAUGUGGGUGAUUGGGUUAGUGCUAAAGAAGCCAGAAAACUCUGAAAUUCUCAGUAUUGAUCUCACCUAUGAUAUCCAGUCUUUCACAGAUACUGUUUAUAGGCAAGCAAUGAAUAGUAAGAUGUUUGAGACGGGUAUGAAAAUUGCUGCAAUGCAUUUAAGAAGAAAGGAACUUCAUCAGCUGCUGCCUCAUCAUGUGCUUCAGGAAAAGAAAGCACACUCAACAGAAGGUAGAAGAUUGACAGAUUUGAAUGACAGCAGCUUUGACUUGUCUGCAGGUGGUGAAAACAGCAUUUCUGUGCCUUCCUCUACUAGCACUAUGAAGACAGGCCCAUUGAUUAGUAGUUCUCAGGGUAGAAACAGUCCUGCCCUGGCUGUAAUGACAGCAUCUGUGGCGAACAUACAGGCUACUGAAAUUUCCUUGCAACAGGUGAAUACCAGUGAAAGUUCAGGGGCUGCAUUAAACGAAAGUAUUCCUCACGCUGUCUCUCAGCCUGCCAUUGCUCCAUCACCAAAGCCCAUGGUCACCAGAGUUGUUUCUUCAACAUGUCUCAUAAGCCAUCCAGACCUUCAGGAAACGCAGCAACAAACAUAUCUAAUCCUAUAGUUGGAGUCUAGAGGAUAUUCUUGCUUCAUAAAGAAGAAAGGACCAAGAAAACCUAAACAGGAAAAACUCAACACAAAGACAAGUACAACUCCAUUAGAAACAAUUCAGACAGCAUCUUCUCUGUUGGCCUCUCAGGGAACUUCAGUACAGAUCUUUCCAGUAUCCCUGUUCUCCCUGCAAAUCUAAUUCCUAUUAUCAAGAAUUCAAUAAAACAGGUUGAGUGGAUAAAAACAACCACAAGCGUCCGUCAACAGUAUCUGCUAACUCAGCCUGUUGUCUUCAAAUACUAAAGAAGGAGAAUGAAGGAUACAGGACUAGAUAUGACUUGAAAUGGAUUUAGGCUCAUUUAGUGACUUCCUUUACUGGGCUAGUCUUGAUCAGAAGUCCAAAUUAGUAUGUGACAGCUAGAGGUACUGUUAUUAAUGUGUCAGCAACAGUUACAUUGACUAUUUCAGAACUGCCCUUAAAAAGAAAAAACUUUCCAGCUAUAUUUAUAUCCGUGACUGACAUCUGGACUGGAUUUAUGUUUGAUGCAUUGUUGGGAAAAUUUGAAUACAAACUGGUAUCAGAAUUCCUUA